AGGAGUGGAUCAGCAGCGAUUGGAAGGACUUGGGACUUUAGAGGGGUAGUUCUUUAGAGUCAUCCUCCUCUCGCUAUAGACUCCUUAGCUCCGCUCUCUCAGACUCGCUGUUGCUUUGAUCUCCUCCUUAACAACAGUUAACGUCAUCGCAUAACCCUCUGAAGGAGAGUUUUGUCUCGAAGCGUGAAGCUCUCAGAGGGCUACAUUUUAGGAACAGCAAGCAGCAUCCACGGAGCCUCAUUCACUCCUAACAAGAAGCACCUCUUUUGAUUAUUUAUUCAGGCCAGAAAACGCAAGCUACUACCGCAAAAGAUAUGGAACACCAGCUGUUGUGCUGUGAAGUGGAAACCAUCAGAAGAGCUUACCAAGAUGCAAACUUACUAAAUGACCGAGUUCUACAGACAAUGCUCAAAGCAGAGGAAAAUUACCUUCCGUCUCCAAAUUACUUCAAGUGUGUCCAGAAAGAAAUAAUACCUAAAAUGAGGAAAAUUGUGGCUACAUGGAUGUUAGAGGUCUGCGAGGAACAGAAAUGCGAGGAGGAGGUUUUUCCCCUGGCUAUGAACUACUUGGAUAGAUUUUUGUCUGUGGAGCUCACAAAUAAAACCAGAUUACAACUCCUGGGAGCUACUUGUAUGUUUUUGGCCUCAAAGAUGAAGGAAACGGUCCCUUUAACUGCAGAUAAGUUGUGCAUUUACACCGACAACUCCAUCCGGCCCAGCGAUCUAUUGCAAAUGGAACUACUGACUCUAAACAAGUUGAAAUGGGAUCUAGCAUCGGUAACACCACACGAUUUCAUAGACCAUUUCCUCUCCAAGCUACCAGUCCAUCAGAACACGAAGCAGAUUCUGCGCAAGCAUGCCCAGACAUUCGUGGCUCUCUGUGCAACAGAUGUCAAAUUCAUUGCCAACCCUCCCUCCAUGAUCGCAGCGGGCAGUGUGGCAGCAGCGGUCCAGGGGCUGUACUUAAAGAGCAAAGAUGGUGCACUGUCAUCUCAGAACCUAACCAACUUUCUGUCCCAAGUCAUCAGGAGUGACCCGGACUGCCUGAGGUCAUGUCAGGAACAGAUUGAGUCUCUGCUUGAGUCUAGUCUGAGACAGGCACAGCAACAUAAUGUCUCCACAGAAACAAAAAGGGUAGAUGAGGAUGUGGACCUGUCCUGCACCCCUACAGAUGUGAGGGACAUUAACAUUUGAGUGGCAUCCUCUGCAUUUUUGGGGAAAUAUUUUUGAGGCUCUGGCCUUACCAAGAGGCCAUCUGGGAAAAGAGGACACCAGCGCACCCUCGAGUCGUCACCCUCUGAACACCCUCUGGCAAAUGCUUUUGUGCCACACCUGUUACGGUGCCCCGGCCUGUAUGGCCUCCCAGUGACGUGUGGCCGCCCUCAGCCAGGGCUGUCAAGGACUGAACACCUCACUUUUCUGAGACCACCAGUUUUCCCUCUCACUCUCCCAUCCUGCUCAAGACCUAGACAAGGAUGAUAGCAAAAACGAAUUCUUAUGGAAGAUGCACAACUAUAUGGAUGAAACGAAAACAUUAUAGUUUGUGCAAGAUUAAGCCACAGAAAUAUACAUUGUUACCACCCAAUGUUGAACUAGGAUUUUUAAAUACCAUAGACUGACUUUACAUGCUUACUUAAAACAUUCAAAAUAACAACAAGUAGGUAUUUUUCGUCUGUCUAGGUUUUUUAUUUGAAGUAUAAAUUCAUUUAUAAAAGAGAAGGGGCAUUUUUGUUCUCUAAUAGAUAGGCAUUUUGCUUGAUUUCAAAACUCCCCUGUUUAAAACAACAAAAAAUAUUUGCAUCUAGGCAUCUGUGUAUCCCUGCUUGCUUAUGCGUUUAGUCACUUUAUUAUAUUGUCUAGACUUCUAAAGAAAUUCUGAGCCCCUAGUUUUGGCCUCUUCUCUUUUUAACUGGGUUGUAUAACUCAACAGUAUACUUUUAGUAUAUAUUGCUCUGUUUUUAUUGUUUAGAUGAUUGUGGAUUGCUGGUGCUGAGGUUUGGCAAGUAAGUUCAUUCAAUAUAAGGACAUUUACUUUAUAUUCAAUUAGGAGUAAAUUGAAUGAACCAGCAUUGUUUGGCUGUUGAUUUGUGACAUAUUUUGUCCUCAUUGCCACAUAUGUACAUAUUUCAACAGCUAGCUAUGACACGAUAAACUAAAAUCUAGCAUUAAUUGCAAACCUUUACCAUGCAAUCCACAGUUUGGAAUUUUUUGUGGUUAUAUCUUACUUUCUAAUACCAUUCCAUUUUUAAAAGCACUUUUAGUCAGUUUUUUUCUGACUCAUAAAAAAAAUCACAUUGAAAAAAAUGGAAUGGAGUGGAGCAGGUCUCUUUUAACUAUGGUGUUAUGUGUAUUACAAUUUUGGGUACAAGUCAACGCAGCCCAGCAGCGAUCCUGUGUGCCCUUGAUGUAGAAGGGUAUUCUUUUGGAGAUUGUUAUGCCACAGUUCUUACAGGAGGGGUCUAUAGUGAGACGAGCAUUGUGUCUGGCAUGUUUCAGCAUCCUGUAUCCCAUCGCUUGAACGGCAUUGAAAACACUAAAAUAUCAAACUUGAAAGCUAAAACAAAGAUUUAGGUUGUUUAUUGCAUAUUUUCCUAUUGGAGCCAGUACAGAGUAGAAACAGGAUGCCAAAGUCUGUCUCUAUGUAACAUUUUGUACACAACUAUUUACCAUGGUGCUUAACACAUGCCUGCCCUCCAAGUCAUGUAUGACUGUUUUCUCAAUGCAAAACUGAAAGAAAACACCAUAGUUAAAAUGCUGUUUAGAAUAUGUGUAGUUGCGGGGGGAAAAAAUACAAAAAAAUAGUUUUGGUUUAGAGAUGAUUUUGCACAAACCUGAAGACUUAGGCAAGCCACAAAAACAUAGCCUUCCCUCUUAUCUUAGGCUAACGUUGAAAAGUGGGAGUGGGGAAAAAGGGAGGCAGCAAGUUUUUGUUGAAUUGCUGAGUUAAGGUGUUUGACUGUACAUUGAGAAAAAGAUGAGACAACAGGAUAACGGAAGAGCACACUCCUCCUUUUGAGCUGCUAUGGAGGAAUUCCCAGCAAAGUGUAAAACAAAAUGAAAAAUGACAAAAACCAAUGCUUUUUCUCCUAUUGUUUGCUGCUAUUUAAAAAAAUUUUUACAUGUAAAUGUCAAUAUACUGCCAUGUAAUAGGUCUUUAAUUUUCUAUGAGAAAAUUGUUGACAUCUUUGUUUUUGUAGUUAUGUCAUCAGUUUUUACUUAAUAUGAUUUCAGUGCUAUUCCAAAAACAGGGAAAAGGAGACAAUAGACAUGGUUUUUAUCAACAAUACCUCAUACUACAGUCAAGAUUUCUUUAAUCUAUUUUUUUUUUUUUUUUUUUUACUAGUUUGUUCAGUGGCUGAUAGUCCUGUUUUAAACUGCUAAUGGUAAUGCAUUGAUCAUUAUCCAAAUGGGUCCUGAUGUGAGCAAGUAACCCGGAUUGUAUAACUCUUGAGUGUUAAGCUGUCUCAUUGAAAGAGUCUUUAUCCCCUUUAGGCUCCUGAAGGCCCUCCUAUUUUAUAUUUAUAUAACAUUUGCUUGAGUUAAAGCCCGUAAUGAGUUUAUUUGAGUUUGUUAAAUACCAAGCCAUAGAAUUACUUUCAAAUCAUCAUGCCGUUAUUCCACACAGUUCAGUUCAUGCUAUUCCAGAUAUGUUGUCCUCCAAGAAGCAUAGCAUAUUUAUGUGUCAACUGCACAAUAAAUGGUAAAUAGAUUUAAAUCUUGUAACACUGCAGUUUUUUUCUUAACUGAACCGCUACUGGUACAUUGAAGCCAAAAUAAUGGGCUACUGAUAUUGUUGGCACACUUCCAUUUGACCCAGACAUCCUUCAAUCAGAGUUAAUGAGUGUGAGAGCCAACAGUGGUUCACUUAGCCAUAGACAUGAUGCUGCUAUAUGUUCUGGUUGUAGAUGUGAGGUAGGCCUAGUUGUUGCCUAGUAUUUGACAAAUGAUGUUGCUGCAAGCUGCUCAAAUUUCUACUCGCUAACACAGGACCCAGGAUGGAAUUAUUGUUUUUCUAUCUAGUGUAAGGAAUACUUGUUACCUCAAAAAAUGGAGAGUAAAAAUAAAUGUUGGUGCCCCUGUGAUCAACUAAAGCAUAUUUUUGUCAUAUUAAAAAAUUGUUGUUAGUAAAAACAAUCUUUGUCCAAACAUUAACAGAAUGUGCUACAGUGACCCCCCCCCCCCCAAAAAAAAAGCUAAAUGGUCAGCUUUUUACCAUUGCUUCUAUUGUUAAUGAUGGUCGGGUAGGUCGCCCCUCUUACUGAACUGUUUCAGGAUCUGUGUUCAUUGCAAUGAGUCAAAGGUCAUCUGGGGUCCAUGAAAAUAAAGCAAAGAUUCUGAAAUGUCUGUUUUGUGUAACAGUUGCUGGUCUGAAAUGCACAACCGUUUACUUGCAGAUCCAUUCUAUAAACAUGAUUUGAACAUCAAAGUAAACCAGAAUUAAAAGUGGAUUAAAUACA